AUGCGAGAAAGUAUGAGCCGUAUCAAGGUUAGGACAUUUCGAGUACUUCGAGCGGUAUUGUCUACGGUGUAUUUGGCGCUUAUAAUAUUGUCGAUACCAUUAGCAUUUGACGUUGGAGGUAUAACUUGUGGUUUGGCCUUUUCUUUUACCACAUUUGCUCUUUAUUUUGUAUUGACCACUAUCAGGAUUGUUACAAGAAAAAGCCGAUAUUUCGGUUGGGUCUCACUCUUGUAUUACUUACAGCAUAUUAUCAUCCCCAGUUUGUUAACGUUAUUUUUAUCUUAUUAUCGUACAAAUCAACCGACGACCCUGACUGCUUACCAUCCUCAUGAAAUUUGGCGCUAUUUUAUUGUGAACUCCACACCUAUUUUUACAAUUUUGGAAGGCUUCUGUUCUUUAUUAUUGAUUCAGGCUAUCGGUGAGACCGUCAAUUGGCUUACUGUGUAUAAGUCUGACAGUUGGUUGAUUGUUUCGCUUAUGGCAAGUGGCUCUACGAUCACUGGAGCCUUGUAUUUCUUGUACAGAAUCUACGUGUUCCCAUUUACAAUCGAUAUGAUCAGUGCAUCACUUUUAGGCUCAUUAUUAACCUUAACAGCGGGUUUGGGACUCUUUGGAAUCGUGUCAGGUAAGGGGUCAAUGAUUGAAUCUGCACUUUUGUUUGCCUACAUUGUACGUUGUAUUUAUGAAACAUUCCCUAUAUUAUCUGAAGAUGCAAGCAAAACUUUAACAUCCAUAUUUACUCAAACGACUUUCAACUUGCGGAAUGAAAUCCCUAAGUUGCCUCCACAGAUUACCAAUACUGUACUGCAAUUAUUGCCAUUCUUGGCUUCGAACUUACCAGGAUCUUUCAAAGCGAUUUGGGAAUUCUUAAUCAUGUCGAUCCAUAAAUUACCAUUACCCUUAUUACUUAAUUUGGCCUAUAGAAUUGGUGUGUUUUACGCGGCUACUAAGAUCAUUCCAUCAUUAUACCAUGAUGCCUCCUAUCCCUUCAACACCCCUCCAAGAACGCCUUCACAGAAUAGAUCUCCCCGUCCUUCAUCAACAAACAUAUCAGGCUUAAGUCAUCCAGUUGCCACGCCUUCAAAUUCUCGUCAUAAUAGCACACAUGAAGCAAGUAGUGAAGAGGUUAUAGACACAACCGAAAUCCAGCCAUUGUCACAUUCCCAAUCUUCAUUUACGAGAAAUUCAUUUGGUAAAAAGCGUGAACCUCGUUCUACCAUUAUCAGAUUAAUAUACUCCUACUCUCCAUGUAUCGUGAUCGCAGUCUAUACACAUCUAAUGAUGCUGUACAAGGGUGAAUUGGGAACAGAAUUAAAAAUUUGGGGCUGGUGGAGUCCUAAUUCGGACAUUCAGGUAAUCGUGCAUCCAUGGCAAUUUUGGAAUUGGGUCAAUAUGGGUACUACUUUAUUGUUAUACACCGCUGAAUUACUGGGUAACGACAGUAAUUCAGGCAGAACUGCUUUAACUAGCCAUUGGAAAGUUGAAUAA